AUGAAAACCCUAAUGGUUGCGAAGCUGGGUCAGCCGCUUGGGAUGAGCACCUGGCGGCACCUGGCCCAGGCCAUCAUUCGCUAUGGGAUGCAGAAGCAGGUGCCCGAGGAAGGCCCCGGGGAUGACCAGGAUAAUGAGGGCCUCGGGGCCCAGCAGAUGCAUCAUUCCAGAAGAACCGGCCAGCAGAUCUAUGGCCGCCAGCAGUGCUGGCAUACCUAUUUAGGGUUAGCACCAGGUCAGAUAAUUCUGGACCGCCUAUUCUAUCCCCAUGCAGAGCAGAGAGGCCCUGGUAUUGAUCCGGAUGGCAACCUGGAUGGCAACCUGGAUGAUCAGAUCCCUGCCCCUGGCCGAGCCGGUGAUUCAAUUCUACUGGCCCCAGGCCAUGGCCACACAGGCCCCGAGGCACCAUGUGACCCUGGGUGA